GCGGGCACCCUGCCAGCGCCUCACAGGCCAUGGGCGCUCGGCAGGGUACGAGAUCACCUUCAGCCUGCUAAACCCUGAUCCCAAGUCCCACGCUGUGGAGUGGGACAUCGAGGAUGCCGUGAAUCGCUACGUGCAGCCUGUCCUGGACAAGCUGAGCUUGGUGGCCAACUUCUCUGUUGACUCGCAGAUCCUGUACUACGCUGUCCUAGGAGUGACACCGCGCUUUGACAAGGAGUCCUCCAGCUUCCUCCUGAGCGCUCACAGCCUCCCGCACGUCAUCAACCCUGUGGAGGCCCGGCUGGGCUCCAGCGCUGCCUCACUCUACCCUGUGCUGAACUUCCUGCUGUAUGUGCCGGAGCGCUCCCACUCCCCUCUGUACAUCCAGGACAAGGAUGGGGCCACAGUGAGCACCAAUGCCUUCCACAGCCCCCGCUGGGGUGGCAUCAUGGUGUACAACGUCGAAGCCCCUGCUUCUCCUCAAGUCUCCCUCCCGCUGCGUGUGGACGUGGACAUGGUGCGAGUGAUGGAGGUUUUCCUGGCCCAGCUCCGGUUACUCUUUGGGUUAUCUCGGGAAGAGCUGCCCCCUGAGUUCCUGCUGGAGAGGCCAGGGAACGAGGGGCUGGCUGACUGGGAGCUGGACCGCCUGCUCUGGGCCCACACCGUGGAGAACAUCGCCACCGUGUCCACUACCUUGACCUCCUUGGCCCAGCUCCUGGACAAGAUCGGGAACAUUGUCAUCAAAGACGAUGUUGCCUCUGAGGUGUACCAAGCAGUGUCCUCAGCACAGAGUGCCAUGGCCGAGCUGGCCGCAGGCCACCUGUACUCAGCUUUCCAGGCCAGCAAGGAAGCGGUCACCUCCUCAGAGCGGGCGUUCUUUGACCCAUCUCUUCUCCAUCUC